AUGUCAAAUAUUUAUGCGAUUUAUCAUGAAAAAGAUUCUUUGUUAAAAUUCAAUCCUUCUAGAUUUUUAAAUAAGAAUGAUUUGUGUUUCAUACCUUUUGGUAACGGUGGGCGUAGCUGUCCAGGAAAACCAAUUGGUUUACUUAUG